UUAAAUAGCCAUUGAGCCACCGGUUUCAUGGUUUCUCCUCGACUUUUGCGUUUUUCUUAAUUUAUUCCUCGCCCUUUAUUCACUGGAGCUCAACUUCAUCUAUCAACUCCACCGGCCAUGACGUUAUUAUCGUCGCUCCCCGCGAUCGUUCUGGCCAUUGCUCUCGGGGUUCAGAGCACCGCAGGGCUUCGUGAUGAUCCUGCCAUUCUACGACGGGCGUGUCCUGAUUAUACAUCCUAUUCAGCUGCCGCCCAUGCCCCAUACAGCGGCGGCCCUCUGAACCUCCCCUUCCAACGACCAGCGGAGGCCUGUCGGACAUUCGCAUCGUCAGCAGUGGACAAAGUUAUUGAAGAUGUGACAUCUCGCAUGGUGGACAAGGACCUGGCCCAAUUAUUUCAGAAUGCCUUCCCCAAUACUUUGGAUACAACCAUUCGAUGGCACACCAACGGCUCAACGCCAGCUGCAUCGAGCAGGAACAAGAGAGCUAGCUCGCAAUGGGAGGGAGCUCACACGUUUGUUGUGACGGGAGAUAUCAACGCAGAAUGGCUGCGCGACUCGACAAAUCAAUUAUCUGGCUAUCAGGCCCUCGCAAAGAAGGAUCAAAGCUUAUAUACGCUGCUCCUGGGUGCUAUCAAUACCCAGGUCGAGUAUGUCAUUCAGUCACCCUACUGCAAUGCCUUCCAACCCCCGCCUCCUAGCGGACUGAGUCCAUCGUCAAACAACCAAGAUGACAAGGUACACCCGGCGUAUGAGCCCUCUGUGGUGUUCGAGUGCAAGUACGAGCUCGAUUCUCUGGCCCACUUCCUCGCGCUGGGGACCGAGUUCUACGAACAUACUAAAUCCACCGAAUUUUUGACCAGUCGCUGGUACACGGCACUGAACACCCUUCUCAAAGUCCUGGAUGCGCAAUCAGAACCGACUUUUGACGCGCAGGGCCAGUUUGUCACUAACCAGUAUACCUUCCAACGUACGACUACGGCUGGCACGGAGACCCUCAACCUGGAUGGUGUUGGAAACCCCCUCAACAGUGGUACGGGUCUAAUCCGUAGCGCCUUCCGCCCCAGUGAUGACGCUACGACCUUUGGAUUUUUCAUCCCCCCUAACGCCAUGAUGGCUGUUCAAUUGAAGAAGAUCGCCGAAGUGGUCAAGGCCGCGGGUGGUAACUCGGAUCUGGUCAAGAAUCUCCAGCAGCGAGGCGAUGCAUUGGAUAAGGCUGUCUGGGAGCAUGGAGUGGUGCAUCAUGCCAAAUACGGCGAUGUCUUUGCAUUCGAGGUUGAUGGAUACGGCUCGCGCCUUCUCAUGGAUGAUGCCAAUAUGCCUUCAUUGCUCGCGUUGCCCUUGUUGGGAUUUACGGAUCAGAAUAACAAAGUGUAUAAAAAUACGCGCAAGAUGAUCUUGGAAAAGGCCGGUAACCCGUACUAUCUGUCCGGCUCGGCAUUCCAUGGCAUUGGUGGUCCUCACAUCGGUCUCCAAUAUGCCUGGCCAAUGUCCCUCCUAGUUCAAGCAAUGACGACCGAUUCCGACUCUGAAAUUAUAGAAUCUAUCAACUUAGUCCGCAACUCCAGUCUACUAGGUCUCGUCCACGAGUCCAUCAACGUAAACGAUAUCAAGGAUUACACUCGAUCGUGGUUUGCAUGGGCUAACUCGGUCUUUGCGCAAACCAUCCUGAAGGUCGCUGCCCAGAAGCCGCAUUUAAUCUUUGGGGAGGGGGCAAAGCCUUAUGUUGUCGAGUAAUUAAUAUACCCGGUUGUGUUUUGUGCUUGCUUCUAUAUCAUUAUCUAAUAGCGGUAGAAGAGGUAUAAAUAUUAAUUUAUGGACUUUAUCUUUUAUGAUAUGAUGCUAAGCAUUAUAUGGAAUAUAAUGACUGCUCAGAAGUGAUGCGCUUUGACACAGAUGUAUGUAUAUCGCUUCCAUCAGCACGAGGUA